UCUGUGCUGAGCGUGUAAUCUAUAGUCUUUGGCUCAGCUGAAAUGUUUACAAAAAAAUAAAAGCGCAGCCUAGCAGGUUUCACAAGGAAAUUAUUUCACCUGAAGUCGAACAAAAGUAGCCUGUCAUACAGCGCCAUACCACAAAGAUGAGUGCAAUUGCCUCAGAUCAUGAGGAAAAUAAACCGGGUAGAAAAUGUUUACUGGGAAACUGGGUUGAGGAGGGGGCUACUGCACUGCUAGACAGUACCAGACCUAGAACAUGUAUUCAUAAGCACGGACACACAGGCAUUCUUACGACGGACGUGGCAGCAAAAGUGCAGGGGACCAGCACAUUCAGAGCUGCUUUUAAUGCUUCUACAAGCCUUGGGAUGCGACAAAGAGGAAGACGAACUGAACUUCUGGAAAAUGACCUCAUCAAAAGAAUAAGGGAUGAGAUACAUGCUGACCUGAACGCAGAUCCUCCAAUCGCUGAGUUGUCCUCCGUAACAAAAGCAGACUACAAGGUGGAAGGCUUCAAAUCUGUCCGUGCAUGUCCGAAUUCAACCAUGGGUCAUGAAUAUACAACCGAACAGGCCAUCACAUUUUGGAGUGAUAACUAUCAGAAGAUUCAGGGCAUGACAGCAGUUAAAAGGAAGGACAGUCCAUUUAAAAGAAGCGCUGCCUUUAGUACACCAAUCGGUGAACAACUAGAUCAGCUGGAUGACACAGUGCUGUACCCAUCAGAAAAGGAUGCACAUUUGUGAGGAAAUAACAAAUGUUAUCGUUGUAUCAUAAACAGCAAAUGGGAGGAGUAUAUUCAAUGCUGUGAAUCCAAAUGCAAGUCUAGAAAUAGCUGUUCAUCUUACUCAUUUUACAGUUCACCUUCACCAACUCAAUCUUUUUCAUUAAUUUAUAUUAGGUUUUUAAAUAGGUUCGUUAAUCAUCAUUAAUCAAUUGCAAAUGAAAAGUUAACACUCAUGUCAUCUAUCAGAAACAGCCAGCUAAAUGUAUGUAAUUUACACACAAGUUAUUUUUUUGGGCAAGAAGGUUGCUGGUUUGAGCCUCGGCUGGGUCAGUUGGCAUUUCUGUGGUGAGUUUGCAUGUUCUCCCCGUGUUCACAUGGGUUUCCUCCGGGUGCUCCAGUUUCCCCCACAAGUUCAAAGACGUGCGGUACAGGUGAAUUGGGUACAGGUUUCCCAGUGAUGGUUUGCAGCUAGAAGGGCAUCUGCUGCAUAAAACAUGUGCUGGAUAAGUUGGCAGUUCAUUCCGCUGUGGCGACCCCAGAUUA